AUGGCGGCAGCGGGGAGGUGGAAGCAAUGGGCACGGCCGUCCGAGGAGGCAGAGCUUGCUGCAGCUCGUUUGUUACGAGGAGCCGAAGCAGAAGGGCAAGUGGGUGCGGAUGCGAGUGCACGCGGCGCCGGUCAUCAAGAGAGUGACUUCGUGACGCUCCCCUUGUGGGUGGAAGUGGUCAAGAAUGGCCUGGAAACGCGCAUCGCGUUCCACGGAGAGUGGGUGUUUGCCAACUACCUACCGCAGGAGAUUCAGGUGGCUUGGGUGACGUCCGCAGGAGUGGGCAACGCCGGCCGGUGUCUCGUCGAGCCCACAGGAACACGGGAAGGCCUCAGCCUCGAAGCGUGUGCUACCUCCGGACGGGCUGGCGGAUCCCUUCACCCAUUAUCCUGUUCGGCACUCACCGCCUCCUCCUCUUCCCCGGGGGCGGGACAAGCGCACGGGGAGCGCCUCUCCGAGCUCAUGUUGGAGUUCCGGUUAUCCACUCCCGACGCCGCCGCGUGUGUCGGGUCGGUGGGUCCACCCCCGGUAGCUACCGAGGAUUCGGCGGGGCACCCGGCGGCGGCGCGAGACGCUGGUGGUUUUGCCGACGGGGGUAGCUUCGAUAGUCGCGGGCUUGACGAUGAGCUGCUCCAGGGGCGCGAGGAGAUAGAGGUGGACUCGAGCGGUAGCCCCUGGGAGGUCACCCGUCAGUCCGAGUGGGUCCAGGCGAGGCCGUUCGUUUUCCUGGCUCUGAUCUCUUGCGCCAGCACAGACCCCGGGAUCUCGGGGUUCGCCUUCUGGUGCGUGGCCUCCAGGCAAGCCUCGCGCGCGGCCAAUGGCCACCGCGGUAACCUGGGCCAGAUGAGAAUCGACCUGCACCCGAUGGCGCUCGUGUGGAACGGCUCCUCGAUACCGAUGCGGGCCGUGCUGAAGCACAGGAGCGGCGGUGGCGGGUGGCCGGAGCAGCCGCCUGCUACGCUUGCCGAAGCGGUGGACGAACAAGGCUCCCUCGUGGCACAUCCACCAACACCGGGUGUGGACCGCUCCGUUCGCCUACGGCGGGCCCGGGAUAUCCCCGGCGAGAGGAUACAGGGAGCAUCGGUGGGCGUCGACGGGGUCAUGCUACGUGAUAAUCUUUGUUCAUAUCUCGAUAGCGAUCAUACCGUACUGCUCCUGCUCCGCCCUGAUAUACUACUUGAUGGUGGCGCUUCAAUGCACAAGCACGGUUUUCGCGGCUUCAUAUGA